CGUCAACAAGCUUCAGUAGGCGACGGACUUCGAAGGGGUGGGUGUUGCUGAGCGAGUGAGGUCCUUCCUAACAACACGAGCAGGUGUUGGGUCCAGCUGUGACAGCCAGCAUGUCGAAUUUCAGAGCAGUCUGGUCGAACUUUGGGAUUGAAGUUCUCACAGUAUCCUUUUAGACUUCUGUGGCGCCUCCUUGUCACGCAUGAGGAGAGAGCACCACCCGUGGAAGGUAACGGAAGGAAAGGCGAAGCGAUAUGAAGAAUUUUAAGAUACGGGAAACAAUGAGACUUCUCACAGAAACCAUGCACGCAAUUUCACCGCUUCAUCGUACGGACCAGUUGCCAGUAAAAAAGCGUUAUUCCAAGGCUUAUAUUCGGUGUUAUACAUGUAGAAGGAAAAGCAUUGAAAACAAAUUAACAGGACACCUCAUUUUCGGCGAGGCGGAAUGCACGCUCUGCAACCUGAACGUUAUAGCAUGCCGCACGUUCCAGGAUGUGACCACGGAUUCUGCAAAUAGAGUCUGUAAUCAUAGGUUUGAAUUUAAUAAACCCUUCGACCAUCUGUACAGCGAGGUAUCACAAAACAUCAAGAGAAGGAAAUCCGGUGAAUCCCAGGCCAUCGCAGUCGCUAAGGGACUUGAAACUUACCUGUCAAAACUCGGGCGGUUGGAGGACCAAGAGCCUUGGAUGUCGGCCAUUUUGCGAUCCAGGGAAAUGAUCAAGGAAAUCCGGCUUCGGGGAACUGCUCCUUCGAACGAGUUGAACAACAACGAAAAUAUCCCGGGUGGUUAUGCGUUCAGCCAUUCGGACGGCCCGUACUCCACGCCCUUCAGAGAAAACGGGAAGUGCGUCCUACCAAUAAAAUUAUAUAGAGUAAGGAACUGCGAUUUGCCUGAAUGUUCGGAAGCCAAGGGCAGUCCGGCGGAAUCUCUGUAUUGCAUCGCAGAAGGAGAGUCAACCAAGGAACCUCGUGUACACAAGCCGCUCUUCGAAACGCAGCCGUCCUCUGCCCCGACGCUGCCUGCUGGAACGUCCUCCUCGUCGUCGGCACCGCGGGCGACGCCCCACAAGACGCUACCGAGGAAGCCUUCGGGACCGCAGGCGACGCCUCGCGGGACACACCCGACGGCGAGAUCGGCUCCCGAAAAAAACGAAGUAGUCGUGACCGGCUUCCUGGACACGCCUACGGACGGCUACUACUACGUGAGCCGCCGUGCCCUCGAGGAGUGCCCGAUGUGCUACGCCGCGCUGUGCCCCUCGAGGUUCACUGUCAACGUCCAGACCUUCCUCCUGACGACGGUGUGCAUCGCCUGCGGGCUCACCAUCUACCUGGUCUUCGAACCCCCAGACGGUUCGGCGCCCAGGGUGGCCAUAGUGACGGAGGACCAGCGCCUCAGGAUGGCCAGACCCAGCACGAAAGGCAGUGGGAAGGAGGAAACUAACAAACCCAGCACGAAAGGCAGUGGGAAGGAGGAAACUAACAAACCCAGACGCCCUUUUACCAUGCAGUCGGAUUAAACGCGCGAGGGAAGUAGGGCGUGUCAUGCAUACUGGAUUUAUUAUAAUUUAUUCUUUUAUUGCAUCAGGAACUCGUUAAUAAACCCACGCGAAUUGCGGUAUUUUUAUUUUUUUAUCGGCAUGACUGUACCAAAGGAUUGGCUCUAUAUGUUUGUGUAUUUUAACUGCAUGACGAGAAAAUGUCUUUAUCAUGUAGAAUGAUUGUUUAUAUUGUAAGUAGUAUUGUAUUAAGGUGUAGAACAAAGAGUUUUAUGAUAAAUAUAUGAUAAUUUCCCCCUCCUCCCUUUAAAAUAAAGUUUCUUUUAAUCAA